CCCUCACUACAGGAAAUGUGCCCGUGGAGGCUGGUGGCCGCUCUCAGGUUUCUCUCUGGCGAUUCCGAAGGGGACAAUCGUUAGGUGCACAACGAUUGUCCCGAGUUCUUUUUUCAACUUGUUAUUUCGUAUUUCGUAUUUAACUCACUUUUGAAAUUGGCCAUAUCGAACCUGAAAGGGAUCGAGUGCCAUUAAACACUAAGAAGAAGAAGAAGGUUUCUCUCUGCCAUGAAACUCGAUGACCCCGAGACGAUCGAGCAAAAAAUACUUGCUCUAGCGCGAACUAGACCGAAAGGCAUCUCCGACAAAGAUCUGGCUGUUGAGAUGCCGGACUUGCAGCCGAUUCAACGAGCUCAGAUCAUAAACAAGCUACUGUCACAGGGGUACUUUGAGCUCUUCAAGCAAGGGGACUCAUUGUCCUAUCAGUUAAAGGAUCCUCAAAAAGUAGCUAAAGGCGCCGAUAAUGAAGAGAAGAUCGUGUACAAGAUCAUUGAGGAGGCUGGGAACAAGGGAAUAUGGACACGAGACAUCAGAUUCAAGUCGAACUUGAUGCACACGCAAUUGCAGAAGAUUCUGAAGAGCCUCGAGACGAAAAAGUUCAUCAAGGUCGUUAAAUCUGUAGCAGCGAGUAAGAAAAAGGUGUACAUGCUGUACAACUUGCAACCGGACGAAUCCGUAACGGGUGGCGCGUGGUACCAGGACCAGGACUUUGAGACGGAGUUCGUCGAUAUAUUGAAUCAGCAGUGUUAUCGAUUUCUCGAGCAAAAGAGGGAGAAGAUGAAGAGCUGCGAAGCAGGCCCCAUCGCCGCGAGGAACAUGACGUACGCGUCGUCCAAGGAAGUAUGGAAGUUCAUCUCGGAUUUAGGAAUAAGCAAGGUAAAAUUAUCCGUAGACGAUAUGGAGAUGAUCUUAAACACCCUGGUUUACGACGGGAAGAUUGAAAGAGUACCCUCAGCGGAUGGAAACAAUCUAUACAGGGCGAUUCAGCCUUUGCUCAGUUCACCCGGAUUGAUCAGGACUCCGUGCGUCAUAUGUCCGGUGAGAUCGCAGUGUUUCGAAGAUGGCCCCAUCACGCCUAUCAAGUGCCAGUACAUCCGAGAAUGGCUAUAAUAGAUACACUCGAAAUUUAGAUAGUAAUUUACGCAAAUAUUUCAUUUUACCUUCUCUUCUUUCCGUUUGGAUAGAUAAGAGACUGGUACGAAAAAAAUACCUGAAUUUAGGAAAUUGGUACAUAUGCUAUACUUUAUUUGUAUAUAGUGUAUUAUGGUUAAAAAAUUAUAUAUUACGUAUAUAAUAGA